UUUUUUUAAAAUACCUGCAACUGUCAACCUGCAAAUGUAAAUAUUGCGAAUACCAAAAAUGAUAAUUUUGAAGGUUGGUUUUAUCACUUCUAUAUUUUAAUACAAUUCAAACAAUGGGUAUUUAUAUUCUGAUUAAAUCCUCGUAAUAUAUUAUGAUCAAAAGGAUGGCCGAAGCAGAUGUAAAAGAGUGUUUGAAGCUAGUUUUAACUAGCGUAAAAGAAGCAUGUAAAAGACGAUCUCCUGAAUUACAAGAGCUACAACCCACACUGGUAGCAGUAAGCAAAACCAAACCAGUGAAUCAUAUUAUAGCUGCCUAUGAAGAAGGCCAAAGGCACUUUGGAGAGAACUACAUUCAAGAGCUGGAAGAAAAAUCAAACAAUGCAGAGAUUUUGGAGAAGUGUAAAGAAAUACGAUGGCAUUUUAUCGGCCACUUGCAGUCUAAUAAAGUAAAUAAAGUUUUGAGUACACCAAACUUGUACUUGAUCGAAACUGUGGACUCUCAAAAGCUAGCAAACUUAUUGAACAAAUCAUGGCCUAAGUUUGGUACCCCAGAGUCAAAGUUGAAGAUUAUGAUACAGGUCAACACAAGUGGAGAAGAAGAAAAAAAUGGGAUUGCACCUUCAGAAGUAUGCAAUGUAGCAAAGUUUGUUUUAGAAGAAUGCCCAAAUUUGCAUCUUGAAGGCUUAAUGACAAUUGGCAAAUUUGGAAGAGAUCCAAACGAAGGCCCCAAUCCAGAUUUCCUUUGUUUGAGACAGUGUAGGGAAGAUAUGUGCAAAAAAUUAGGGUUGAACUGGAAAACAGUAGAACUGUCGAUGGGGAUGUCGGACGAUUUUGAGCACGCUAUUGAACUUGGCAGCACAAAUGUGAGAGUUGGGUCAAAAAUAUUUGGUUUCAGAGCUCCCAAAACUGCCACUGCUUAAUCUGUAGCAGCAGAUUGAAAAUGUUUUUUUUUUUAUUAUUUGUAAUUUGUUAAAAUGUCUAUGUGAUAGUUGUGUUUGAAUUAAAGCCCAUAUCUGUGUUAAA